AAAUUGCCAAAGAAUUAAAAUGGAAAGGAGGAUUUGUUUGUGAAUUUUUGGAAUUAGAAAAUGAGAUUAGAAGUGAAAGAGAUCAAGGUGGUGGUGUACACGGAAAUGCUAUUUUUACAAAGUAUGAUAUUACGUUUAGAGUACUUGAUCAUAAAUAUCAUCCUAUGGAUUGGAAUAAAGAUGGCGAGAAAUUAAAUGAACCUCGAGAGGGAAAGAGAUAUACAUUGGUAGCUGAAGUAAAAACUCCUUUCGGACCACCGAUACUAUGUUAUUGUGUGCAUUUAGAGGUAUUUAGCGGUAUAAUUGGUCGUAUAUCACAAUUUUCUGAUAUACUAUUAGAUUCCACUUCUAAUAUUCAAACUCAUCCAUAUCAAUUAAUUUUUGGAGAUUUGAAUACAUUGGGUCAUUCUAUAGCUCGUCUUUCACCAAAAUUUUGUCGAGAUCGAUAUAGAAUUCUUUCACUUGGUAUAACAGAAUCUGAAUGGUGGGAUAAAAAUUUAUUUGAUUGGCAUUUAAAAGAUGGUGAAAUAAAUUUAAAAUUACAAUCAGGUGGUUUUAAAAUAUUUAAAAGUUUAUUUUCUUUAAAAAAUGAUUGUUGUUUAAAGGAAAAAGAAUUAUCUAUAGUAACGACAUUAUCGGGUUUCCCUAUUGAUGUACUAAAAUCAGCUAGAAAUCCAGGUUUUUAUGAUCCUUGGUCUUGUACCAAUGAUAUAACUAUUCACAAUCCAAAUUAUUUUGGUUUAUUUAAAGCUAAACUUGAUUGGACACUAUUACGUGGUUUUGAUGUUGUUAAUAGAUGGAUUGGCAAUCAUGAUUAUAAUGCAAGCGAUCACAAAUAUUUAAUGGUGGAUAUUAAAUUUGAUGAUUUACAAGAUAUGGUAGAUGGAAAAGAUAAAGAAAUUUGGGAAAAAAGAAGGAUUUAUUGGAAAAACAAAACACAAGAAAAUAAAAAAUCUGGCGGAAUUAAAAAUUGGGUGAAUUUUAUUGGAAUUAUUUCUGUUGGAUUAGUUGGAUUAGGAAUUUUAAGAUUAAUGAAAAAAUAAAAACUUUUUUUAGUUGGUCUGAAAAAAAAAAAAAA